GAUCAAAAAUAAAUUAGUAUAAAUCUCAAUCAUCUUCUUCUCUCUCUCUCGCAAACUCUCUUUCUCCGUCGUCAGAUCUAAAACUCUCAAUAAAAACAACAAUCCCACCAAUCCAAUCUCUCCUCUCUCGCGCGCCAAAUACAAAACCCACCCUCUUCACUACUACCCGUUUUUCCCUCUUUUUUCCAGGUAAUUUUGGUGAGAUGGCGGACAACCCGGCAAGUCCAGCUGGAGGGAGCCACGAGAGUGGUGGUGAGCAGAGUCCGCGCUCUGGAGUGCGGGAGCAGGAUAGGUAUCUGCCCAUUGCAAACAUAAGCAGGAUCAUGAAGAAAGCAUUGCCUGCUAAUGGAAAAAUUGCUAAAGAUGCUAAGGAUACUGUCCAGGAAUGUGUUUCUGAGUUUAUUAGCUUUAUUACUAGCGAGGCAAGUGAUAAGUGUCAGAAGGAGAAAAGGAAAACAAUUAAUGGGGAUGAUUUGUUAUGGGCGAUGGCAACUUUAGGCUUCGAGGACUACAUUGAACCACUCAAGGUGUACCUAGCUAGGUACAGGGAGGUAAUUGAUUUUGGAUCAUAUGCUUUUUUCUGGUCGGAGUUUAUAAUUAUUUUAAUAUUAGUGGCGUCGAUGAUCUAAUAAUCUUUAUCCUUUUUGAUUGCAUUAUUGGCGACUGGAACUCUACAGAUGGAGGGUGACACUAAGGGAUCUGGUAGGGGUGGAGAUGGAUCUGCUAAAAGGGAACCAAUUGGAGGUCUGAGUGGUCAAAAUCCGCAGUAUGUUAUGCAGGGGUCAAUAAACUACAUGAAUACCCAGGGACAAGGGCAGCAUAUGAUUGUUCCUUCGAUGCACGGAAAUGAAUAGAGUUCUAAUUCUUAUUUGCCAAUCUAAUUAUGUCUAGGACAGGUAAUUCCUACAGCUUCUUUUAUAUUGGUUGAUCCUAUUGCAACCAAAGAGCUUAGCUUAUAUAUUCUUGGGGCUUUUGUUUUUAUUAGUUGUAUGGGGUUUUGAUUUGAUUCUGUUGGAGCCCUCUUCAGCUGAACCGCUUUAUUAAUAGUCGCAUAAGUGCUGUAAAUUUGAUUUUUUUUGUUUUCAAAUCUAAUAUUUAAUCUCCUGACUGUUUUUUGAGCUUGAGAUUGUAUCACUUGUAAAUUUUGAUCUUUAUGCUCAAGUAUAAACAUAUUGCUUUGUGAA